AUGGCGCAAAAAUCCCAAAAAACCCUCGCGACCCGCAACGCCUCCACCCUCAACCGCACCCACCUCCUCUCCCUCGCCAUCCACGCUUUCUUCCACAUCCUCCGCCUCGUCUUCCGCAACCGCCCUUCCCUCCUUCCCUACAUCCUUCUCUCCGCCCCCUCUAUAAUAAUCGAAGCCUACUUCGAGCGUCUCUCGCGCCCAACCUACACCACCAGUGAACCCCGCACGCUCAAACGAGCUGGUGAAGACCUCCAGGCGCCUGGGUUGACGGAGUGGAUGUGGGAUUUGCUGUAUUGGACGUGGGGGUGUGUGGUGCUGGUCGCCGUGAUUGGGGACAGGGGGUGGUGGGCGUGGGUAGUGGUGCCGGGGUACAGUGUUUGGUUGGCUUAUGGGACGCUUAUGGGGGUGAAGGGGGGAAUGGGUGGGUUGAUGGGUGGUGCUGGGGCCGGGGAUGAGGAGGGGAAGGAGGGGCAGAGUAAGCGGCAGGCUAAGAUGGAGAAGAGGGGGGGUCAGAAGACGGUGUACAGGUGA